AUGCUCUACUUGACACUGCUCAGCGGCGCGAAGAAGGAGAUUGUUGACGAUUUGGCUAAGGAUUUACAAGGUGAAGAUGUUGACUGCAAGGCGGUAUGGGAGAAGUUCGGGGUAACAGCAGAAAAUCCCAGUCGUCUGAAAACCUUGUGCACGGACCCUGCCUGGCUUGGUGAAGCAUCACCUGCCGCUGAGGAGUAG